UUUUACAACAAAAGGGCAUUUAUUUCAACACAAAAGUUGUAUUCAUUUGAAGGAAAAGCGAUUCAAAUGUGAUGAAGAAAAUUGUGGAAAAAGUUUUGGUCAAAAAUCUAAUCUAAAUCGACACAAACGCAUUCAUUCGGGAGAAAAACCAUUUAAAUGUGAUUUCAAUGAUUGCACUAAAACUUUUAAACAAAAAACACAUUUAAUUCAACACAAAAAUGUCUUCCAUUUGAACAAAAGAUUUAUUUGUGAUUUUAAUAAUUGUAACAAAAGGUUUACACAAAAACAGCAUUUAUUUCGACACAAAAGUUGUAUUCAUUUGAAGGAAAAGCGAUUCAAAUGUGAUGAAGAAAAUUGUGGAAAAAGUUUUGGUCAAAAAUCAGCUCUAAAUCAACACCAAUUGACACAUUCAGGCGAAAAACCAUUUGUUUGCGAUUUCAAUGAAUGUAAUCAACGUUUUUCUAGAAAAUCCCAUUUAAUUGUACACAAGAAUGUCAUUCACUUGAAUCAGAAAUUAUUCUGUGAUUUCAAUAAUUGUAACAAAAUUUUAAUCAUAACUUA